AUGGUUGCCUUAUUGGCUAUGACCCAAUAUCCUAGUGAAGACGUCGAGAAGCGGGGCGGGGCUAAAGCCCGGUGGGAUCCUACGGAUCCCCCUCCAGAGGAGCCCCCCCGUAGCCCCGCUUUAGCCCGCCCUGGGGCCGGCAAAAAGAACCUUAUCUUACUCCCGGGCCUAAAGGGCGGGGGUGGCGCCGGGGGGCCCUUGGAGGCCCCCCAGUUUACUGACAUCCCUAGACGUUAUAUCUCUCGCUACCUUAAAGAGGCUACUCUCUAG